CCAGCAAGCCGAGCGGAUGGUUCACGUGACGAGCCAAAGUAUCAUUCUCAUUUUGGACAGCAUUUGACGUAUAUGUAUCUUCUUCCUGAAGUUGAACAAACUUAUCUAAAGCAGCCCAUUCCUCCACAUCCGCCUCAGCCUGCGCAGUCCGAUAAAAAUCCGGAAGUCGCGACUAUCGAUGCUGAAAACAGGAAUGCAGCGACUAAAUAUUUAGCGGAAGAUCUCGAAAAGAAUGCGCCGCGCCCACGUUCGCCGCAUAUGGACAACGAAGAGCCGAUUGAAAUGGCACAUUAUCCUGGAGGCCACGCUCCUGAUCCUGGCGUCAUUCCGCCCAUUGAACGAGAGGACUUCCCUGCACCGCCAUACCCUUAUGCAGUUGAAGAGCUUAAACGACGUCUUUCAUCGUCAUCUGCUGAAAAUGAUGACAACGAGGAUGAUUAUGAUGAAUCGGAUCGAAUUGAUGAGGAGAAGCUGAAAAGAGCUGUGGAACAACUGGAUACUUAUGACAAGGAUUCGUCCAUCGCUCAUGUCAUCAAGCUGAAUCUCGAAGCACUCAAGAAGCAGAAAUUGCCACUGCACUGGGAUCCAAGAAAUGCCAGCCGUACUCCAUCUGCCAAAAAGAUGCCACAUUUGCGCUUUCGUUAUGAUACGCCAGUCAAUGCAUGUGAAUUGCCACUGCACUGGGAUCCGAGAAAUGCCAGCCGCACUCCAUCUGCCAAAAAGAUGCCACAUUUGCGCUUCCGUUAUGAUACGCCAGUCAAUGCAUCUCCGUCGCGUCACAUAAACCGACCGAAACCGUGGGUUUAUUGGGAGGGACAGUCAGACAAAGCGGCAACAACAUCGAUACCCUUCUUCCAUAUACCGUGGUCACGUGUUGGUAUGACUGGUCGAGCAGCGACGCUUCCGGAUGGUUACCAGUACGGCCGAAAUGCUUCACUGGACGGUCUUGAUACAACAAUCAGCACACACUUUUCGGAUCAGUCGUUAAAUGGUCGUGGCGGAACAUUACCUGAUGAGUAUCGUGGUGGAACAGUGGGUGUUGGUGCUGCAGGUGCGGGAGCGCUGAGGAGUUCAUUGCCGGAUAUGAGUAAACCGGCAAAAAUUUAUCCGCUAACUGUAUUGCAAACAUCAAACAAGAAGCUGCCAGACGACGUUGAUCGAGCCCAUUUGGAGCGACACCUGAACAGAGAUCAGUUUGAGGAGACGUUCAGCAUGAGCCCGAUCGAAUUUUACAAGCUGCCGGAAUGGAAACGAAUCAAUUUGAAACGAAAGGCGAAGCUGUUUUAG